AUGUCGCCAGAGGAACCUGAAGGAGUGUACAUGUCGCCAGAGGAACCUGAAGGAGUGUACAUGUCGCCAGAGGAACCUGAAGGAGUGUACAUGUCGCCAGAGGAACCUGAAGGAGUGUUUUUAGUCAGUAUAAUUAAUGUGUCGAACACGUAUAUUUAUCUUACCGUGGCAGCUGGUUCUGUCACCGGUAUCCCCCAAAGACGGACAGAACUGCAGAGGUCACAUCAGAUAACUCGGUGUUUUGUUUCCUCCCGACAGGAUGAUCUCCACUACCACUUCUACCCUCACAAUCAUCACUUAUUUAACCUGCCGGAGUGUGCUACCCAGCAGGUGUGCAAUGCAGUGUACAAGCGUCUCAAGUUUACGCAGCCGCUGUGUCAGUGUCCCCAGGGCAGCGACCCCUGCAGCACCUCCUACCUCGCCAACGACGACCGAACCAUCGAACUCUCCAUGGGCGGACAGGAGACGCGGGGCCCAUCUCCAAGCACUGAACUCUCGCCCUUCCAGGCGACGACGCUGAUCAAGACGUGUGAGCCAGUGUGGAGUGUGAGGAAGUGUCGCAAGCCGAGGGACUGGUCCAUCCUCGCCCUGCAGAACACCCGCACCGGCAAGGCUCACUAUCUCGUCAUCUGCAAGUGCCCAGACUCCUCCAAGCUCGAGGGGCCCCUGAACCACGACCAGCCUACCUACGCUCAGGUACCUGGCAUCCGUGUGUAUGGCAUGAUGUGUGUCUCCAGGAACUACCGCCGUGUUGGCCGCCAGGUUUCAGAUGAGACAGAGGCGAGAUUCCCUUGGGAGCGAGUGACGGAAGCGCUGCAGGAGGGACACCUACUGCGAGACCUGACGAGCGAGGAGCAGCAACACAGCGACCAGUCCUCUCUUACUCUACCUUGACUCCUGACUCUCUGACCCGACUUUUGAAAAACCGGUACCCAUGUUUGAGCCCAGAACCUCACAGAUGCGACAUUCACCAGACAGUUGACUGUUGUCCACAGUAUGCUGCGUGUGGUUGGUUGGUAGGUGUCGACUUCCAGUAUUACUUUCCCACAAUAAGAAAACUCUUCAAUCAUUGUCCUGGCAAUGUUAUACGUCUCCAGAUACCGUGCACCUCCUUUUAUCUAAGCUGGAACAUAUUAAAGAGGAACGGGCUAGUGGGACUGUGAUAUUUACAUUUCGGAGAGUGUGUUAACUUGGGUGUCUAGUGAGGAGUGGUUCCUCUGUAUAUACACGUACAUAUUAAUCCUAGUGAGAUUAGUUAUAUAUGCACCGUGCAACUGUUUGUAAAUAUCUUGAUCAUGCACAUUACCCUAAAAGCUGACUAAGAAAAUUUACUUACACGAAGGCUCUGUGUGGUCUCUACAUACUGGUUACAUAAUAUCUACCUAUAAACAUUUUAUGUAUGCCUCUCUCUUCAUACUAGUUGCAUUGUAAUUUCAUACAAACAGUAUGCUCGCAUGUCUUCAUAAUCAUACAUUUAAAUGGCUCCACAUUCAUGACCUUUCCUUAUAUAUCUACAUGCUCAAGGGGUUGCAUGAUGGCCAUUCACUGAGUGUAUGUGUAUCCUACAAGUGAUUCUGGUAGUAUAUUUACCUGUAUCAACUUAGUUGAUGCAUUUUUUGUGCUAAGAAUGAUUUAGUGUAUAUGAGCGAGUUGUUUGUUCAAAGUGGUCUUCAGCUGGACUGAUGACAGUUGAGUUGUGUGUAAAAGAAGAGAUCUCUCUAGCCUGGCAAUUAUCCUCUGAUUACCCACAACAUAUUUAGUAUAUGGAUUUAUUAUAACAUUCAUGGAGAAUGGGAGGUAAUCAAGAGCCCUGUAUCGGCAUCAAGGGACAACGCUAUUAACUGUAUCUACAGCCUACAAUUUAGACAUUUCUGAGGCUGAGUAAUGUUUUUGUGUGCUAUCUUUCCGGCUCUAAAUUACUAGUUUGUACUGUAUAGGAAUUCUCGUUAAUCUGAUGAAGUCAGGUAAUCUUUUUUAAAAAUUCUGAUCGAUGAUAGUAUGAAUUACAUUCUAAAGCAAAAGUUAAGUUUAUUGAAGCAAAUUAUCUAUAUCUUGCUACGGAUAAUGUUUAAAUAUUUUUUUUACCAUUAAAUUAAAAUUAGAAGUUAAAUGUAAAGUACAUUUAUAUUUACAUGAACUCAAGCACCAUAAUACUAUACAAAAGAUACAUUGUCAUUUAUAAAUAAAGUAUUCUUGACACACACCUUCAGAAACAACAAGAACUGGCAUAAAUCUUUCACUCGUUACACAUAUUGUUUGUAUCCAAUUAUCUGUAGACAAACUGUACCUUGACUGACUCUCAUGUCAUAGUUCUGAUGAGUGUCAUCAGAGGUUGGCCUAAAGAGAACUGAUCUGUGAUGUCUGCUAUUUUUAUAUACAUCAUAUUAAUAGGCUUGUGUAAGCAAAUAAAACUGUAUCCUG